CAAUCCCGUUCCUUUGUCUCGAUAAUUCCGGUUACUCACCUUAUACUUCUUUCUCAGUAGAGCUGCUACUGACAAUCCAUCGGAAUAGUCCGCGAUAGUGAAGGCCAAGGAACGGGUAUCGUCAAAGGAGAAAAGACGAGGCCGUAGGAAAGAACGGGAGGGGACGAGCAUCAUUGCAUUAAGCCACGCUGGUCAAUGGGCCCUAUUUAACGCGCUGGGGAAUUCAAGGCCAUGUUCAGUGUCUCUCUUUCCGUUAUAAGAGCCAAUUCUGUUUGCUCCUUUCUCUUCUCCAAAUAGUGUCCUCCCAGUCCAUCCAGGCGUACCCAGUCUUUCCUAUCGACCACAUAUCCAUAUUCUUACCCCGAAUUGCUGGUCCCGGUAUUGGCGAUAUAAACGAAGGAAGAAUAGAGCAUAUUUCCGUAUCAACGCCCCAAUUCAGCCUUUCACGCCUACAGCACCAAAUAACCGCUUUGACUACGGCGUGCGCUCAACUUAGAGCCAUCUUUUUUGGGUGAUUUGUGCCCAGGCCUGCUCCCUUUCUUACCACAUACAGUAAAAUUUCCCGUACAUUCACACUGAGAUGUCCCACCGUGGCCAACACAAUCAUCGUGGACGUGCCAGUUCAAGAGGCCACGCGCAGAUGUCGCGCGGUCGUGGUAUGGUUGCCGCUCCAGUCGUGGCUUCUAACCAACCCAUAACGUCGGUACCUCCAGCCUCCGUGCCCAUGGACCCAUCGGCCCUCUUGAGGAGGCGAGCCGAACAGAUUGCCAUCGAAGAAAAACGGCUGAAGGACGUUAUAAAUGGUUUCUUGAGUAGUUAUGAACCUCAUCCAUUAUCCCAAACCGAAAUCGACGCCAUACGGGACGAAUGUAACUCUCUCGCAGCUCAGGUGGACCAGUUGGUUGACGCUCGUCCUAAUCCUCCGGCAGUUGAAUCUGAACUUGAGCAAAAGAUUUGGCUGAAGAGGCUCGAAUACAGGGUCAAAUAUUUUCGCAUCUUCCCUAUUAACGACCUUCCCAACGAGAUCAUCUCCAACAUACUUCGUUUUGUUGUUUGGUCUGCGCCUAACCCUCCCCUCGGUAUUCUAUGGCGCCUAUACAUAACGUGGGUCUGCAAACAUUGGCGCCAUGCUGCAAUUUCAGACCCAACUUUGUGGAAUGCCAUCUGGUUUAGAGAUCCUCCCCCAUUCACUCGCUCACUAGCGUGGGUCGACAGAGCAGGAUCCUCACAGCUGGAUCUCAGAAUAAAUGACAGCGAAAAGAAAAGAUUCACCGAUAUCGACGUGAAGCCCCUGCUCAUCCAGCUCGAACCCAAGGUUUCCAAUCUUCGAAUGCUCAUCCUUUUGUUCGAAGAUUGGGAGCCUAUUUUAGCGAUCCUACAGUGGAUGGACCAGGUCGGCCGACGCGGUAUACCCUACAAUCUUGAGCGAUUCGAACUUCAUCGCACGGGAUCGCCGUAUAUCUGGCCUGGGAUGCAUUUCACUCCCAUUGGUUAUGGAAACGCGACCUUUUCCCUCUUUGGAGGCCAGAACGUUCCCUCGUUAUCGUACUUCACUCUGAAUGGGGUCCAUCUUGAUUGGAAUGAGUCGGUUUUGGAAAACCUCACCACGAUCGACCUUCGUCGCAUGCCUGUUUUUCUCUGUCCAUCCCUUACCCGGUUUCGCGAAAUACUAGAAUCCAGUCCCCGACUUGCAAAGCUCUCCUUAGAUGGCGCGGGGCCAGGCGGAUCACCAAACCCCAAUCAUGGUCUACCUCCUAUCGAACUCUCCCAUCUCAAAACACUCGUCCUCGCCAACUUUGCGAACCCUUACAUUCAAGCAAUCUUGUCUCAUUUUACUGCGCCUAAUCUUAGAGACCUCACUUUUAUGAAUCUUUUUCAGGGUGACUAUGCUCCGUUGUAUGAGUAUGUCACUUCUAGGUUUCCGACCGUCAGACUCCUCACACUCUACACCAUCGAACUACUCCCGAGCGCUAUCGACCCCUUCAUAAGGUGGCUCAAUUCGAUGCCUGAGCUAGUCUAUCUCCGUCUUGCUGCACUUCCACCGGAGGUUUUAGCCAGUUUUCUCUACGAGCCCGAACAUCUCGUGCGACAUCCCGCGCUCAAGGAUAAGCAACUCGCUACCCGAAUGCGUAUGCGCCCCGACCCUCCCCGUCGCCGUCGGGUCUCCAAACCACAUGAACCCAAGAUUGUCUGCCCUAAGCUUGAUAUUAUCGAGUGUCAACGAAUGGAUGAAUCGUUGUUAAUCGACUUUGGGAAAGCAAGAGCAAUGCUUGGUACUCCUAUGGGCAAGAUAUAUGUUUCCCCCGAAUUGGCGAAGAACAUGGGCGAGCGAAUGUAUUUGGAGUGCAAAGAGGUCUACGGGGCGAUUCAUAUUAUCGACGUUGGGGCGAAGACGCCGGAGGAAGAGAGUCUCUUGAAUUGAAUUUCCCUUGGUUAUCUCUGUGGCGGAAAGCGGAUAAUAAAGAAUGGAAAGUUGUAUACACCAGCUACAGCAGCAGUCAUUAAACCUGUAUCGAUGGCUUUUUCUCCCUUCUCCCUCUCUCUCUCUCCCUCUCACUCUCACUCUCAAUUGACUAUCCUAAUCUACCUCAUCAUUAGCAUGGAUUCUCGUUCACAGUUAAUCAACAACUUCCUGUUCAUCUACUACAUCUGUUCCCCAUUUUCUCUUCUCGAGAUUUGAAAAAAAAGUCUGACUCUUCAUUGCACAUUCCCCUUUGUUUUCAUCAGUUUCAUCAACGCAGUACUUACUGUAUUACCAGUAUUUCCCUACAUGUUUCUUAAAAAUCUCUACAGCAAUGAAUCCAGCUUGCGAC